GUCUAACCCGUUUUGCCCGUGGAUCGGCAAUUCAAAAAGCCCGAACGAAGCAUACCAGCCUGUCAUCCAUACCUGUCGCUACAAGCUCGCAGCAUAUUCUUGCAUGCCCACCCGACCGUCACUCUCUUCCAUACCCAUCUCCACCUCAUCUCAGCUGAUCACACACCAUGGAUCUCCAAUACACAAUCUUCACCCACUCUUUGCUCAAUUGGCGUUCUUCAUCGUCGGAGCCAAGUUAGAGGAGGAUAUUGGCAAGAUAUACAGUAUAAUAGAUGAGCUUGGUGGGACUACAGUGGCUAUAGAAGAUGCUAUGAUUAUCCUUACUGCGCUGAAAGGCAGACCAAGGCUGCUCAAAGCGCUGGGGAAGGAGUGGAUCGACGCAAAGCCUGUUCUGGAUAUAGAGUUCGUCUAUGACACCUUUCAGACCUGUCUCGAUGCCGCCAAUAAAGGAAACAAAGUCAAGCCAGUCUUACCAAGCUUGCAAAAGUUCAUAAUCAAGGUCGGCCCGACGGGUCAUCACUCUCCCACAUAUUUUGCUACCAGCUACAGCCGAUCGAAGAAGCGACGGAGAGAGGAGGACGAUAAAGGCUCGGAUGACCCACCAGACUUGACGCCAUUACCAGAAGAUGUUGACUUCAGAACGAUCCCCAAGUAUUGUGUCCAGCGUGCUUGUCCCCUUUUGUGUAUCAACCAAGAUAUAGUGGACGCGAUCAAACCAAUCUUUCAAGACAGAGAGAUGGAAGAAACUCAACAGAAGAACUCCAAUGUCCUGAGCUAUCGUCGGAGUAUCAGUAUGCUCAAAUCUGUUCCCAGACGAAUCAGAUCAGGCAAAGAGGCCAGACUUCUCACAGAUGUUGGCGAGAAGGUCGCAAUGCGGAUUGACGAGUUUCUGGCCACCGGUCGGAUAGAGGAAACUGAGGAGAUCUUGACCUCGUCGAGACAUCGAGCAAUAGAAGAAUUCGCUUCGUUGUAUACAAUCGGACCUCAUACCGCUAAGGAUCUAUAUGACAAGCACCACUGUCGUACCCUUCAUGAUGUCAAGGAACACUACAAGAAUAUCGCGGAGGAGAGCGAAGAGGUCAGACUCAAGGUCAAGGAGCGGAGGCGAAUGAAUGGGGGAAUGAGCCAUGUAGACAUUGUCGAGGCAUGGAUGGAAAUGAAGGAGGACCUCGACUCGAAAAUACCCCGGGAGGAGGUGGAAGAGAUCGCUGUAUGCGUGAUGGAGAAUCUGAGCCUGAUCCUGCCUGGUUGUCAGUACACAAUUACUGGAGGAUACCGACGUGGCAAGCCUCAAUCAAACGACGUGGAUAUCGUAAUUGGACCACCGCGUGAUGACGAGGACAUUGGGCUGCUAAAAAAGCUGCAGAUGAGACUCUCCCACCUGGGUAUCAUCACACAUGUGCUGUAUAGCACACGACGCAGCAUCGAGACGCCUAUACGUGCGCACGCCAACAACUUUGACAAUCUGGACAAAGUCUUUGUCAUCUUUCGCUUGCCAGGCGAAGGCCGCCGACAUCGUCGCGUAGAUAUCAUUCUGGCACCAAGGAAUAGAUACGCAGCGGCUGUGCUAAGUUGGUCCGGUAGUAUGAUGUUUGAGCGGGAUUUCAAACGAUACGCCGAAAACCGCGGUUACAAGUUCAAGGCUGCGAUCACGCAGCCUAAUACGGGCGAGGAGCAUCACUUUGAGACUGAGCGAGAGAUCUUUCACUUCUUGGGCCUGCGAUGGGUGCCUCCAGAACUGAGGAAUGCAGAUUAGAGCACAAUGAAGUUCAGUGCCUGGUCAAAAAAGAUUCAUCCGAUACCGCCUCGAAUCCGGGAAAAUUGAGUCGGUUGCAUAUCUAUA